AUGGCAACACAGGUUGACCGUAACAGGAGAAUAGGACUGGAGGUAAACAUGAAGGAGUCAUCCCAGUGUGAUGUCACAUGGACAGAGAAUGAAGGCAAGCAUGCCUCCCUGCAUUUCUCCAAGACUUCACACUAUCAGAUCACCAAUGGAAAGAGCACUCUAUCCUCUGACCCCAGUGCAACAGACAGUGAUGUAAGUGAGGGCAGAGAUGGGGGUGUUAGUUUCAGCACCAACCAUAACUCUGUGGUGUGCCUACCUUUGGUCUCCGAGGGCCUGAAGCUAGUAUGGACACAGUCAGAUCAGACACGUGAGCUUGACACCAUCCCAGAGCUGGUCCAGGCAUUCAAUGUGUUCCCAUACCCAACAUCUCGUGAGGUGAAUGCCUUGGCACGGCUCUGUGCCCUGCCUCUGGACAAAGUCAAGGUCUGGUUCAUGGUGCAGAGAAUCAAAUACGGUAUCAGCUGGGCCUCAGAGGAGAUUGAGGAGACGCGUCGCAAGUUGGCCGGACCUGAGCGGACUAACGACAAUGCAAAUGAGAAGGAGAUAAAAAUGAGUAAUGGGUGUGGGGCAAUAUCUGUGGAGGCAGAGGAUGAUGAUCAAAUUAAUAAUGGUCUUCACUCCUAUCUGCUUCACCCAAGAAAACGAGCCAGACAUGAGACCCCAGAACCCUGCAAACCAGCCGCCACUGUCCAACAUUUCAGUUCCUCUCUCCCACCCCCUCAGGAUUCAUACUACUACCGCCCUCCUGUGGACAUGCCAGCAACUACCGCAACUGAUUCUUCCCUGAGCCUCUCUGAGACCUCACUUGGCUCUCCACAGCAACAACAACGCGGACGCUACAAAAAGACCAAAGCCCAACUUGCAGUCCUUCGCAGCAGCUUCCUGCGGGAAAACUGGCCCGCAGAGACUGAGCUCCGACGCCUGCAAGAGGAAACCAGCCUGAGCCGCAAUGACAUUCGCAAGUGGUUCAGCGACAGCCGGUACCAGCUUAGAAAUGGGCGUGGACUGCUUGGAACAUCCAUGGUCUAUCCUCAGUUGACCACAGGAGAAGCAAAGAACGAGUCUCAGCAACUUCGACCUCUUCCACUCGUAGCACACAGGCCUCGGGAUCAAGAAAAUGGUGUUGAAAUGCAGGGAAGGGCUCAAGAGAAGGGAGCUCGCAGCAACGGGGUGAAAGAUUCACACUUCUUCCAGAACUUUCUGUCAAACAGCUUGGAGGCAUUUGGGGAGGGAGCAGUGGGAGUGGAGGCAGAGGAGGACGAGGUUGCGGAGGAAGCCUCAGUUCACACUGAAACUGUUAAGGAAGAGAACGAGGCGGUGGUGAAACAAGAAAAGCCUCUACACUUUAGGGGCAGUAAGAACCCAGAGAUUAAACAACCACCAUCAGCCGUUACCAUCUCCACUUCCCCUCCCCCCUCGCAUUCUACCACCCCUUCAACUUUGACCGCUAAUAAGCGUAGUUCUACUAGCACGGUGCAGAGGUCUGCUCGCUCAGCCAAAGCCUCACUGACAGCCCUGUCUCUCUCCAGUCCUUCCUCAUCCUCAUCUCCUCUUCUUACACCCGCUGGCCGACCACGGAAGACCAAGGAACAACUGGACAUACUAAAGGAGCACUUCUUGCGUUGCCAGUGGCCUAAGAGUGAGGACUACACCCAGCUGGUAGAGCUCACAGGCUUGCCUCGUGCAGACGUCAGCCAGUGGUUUGGGGAUACGCGCUAUGCUGUUAAAAAUGGUCAGUUACGUUGGGUGCAGGGGGUCCGUGAGCAAUUCCGAGAGCAAUUCCUGGCUGAACUAGCCACACAGCAAAAUGGCAGUGGUGGAAACGGUUCCAGUGGAACUCCUCGGGUUACGGGUAGCCGCAAACGAAAGUCUCAAGUGAAUGGCGCAAUAGCACCAACAUCCACUGCAGAUUCCCCGGACAUCAAUCCGCUGGAGGUUUACCAUCGCUCGACAGGGGUUCUUCAUGAGAAAGACCUAGAUGCCCUUUGCAAAAAGUCACGAAUGAGCUACCAGCAGGUGCGGGACUGGUUUGCAUCUCAGGAGAGCAAGGCAUUUGACCCAGAGGCCAAUGUUACUGAUUGAGAUGAGGAACUUGUGGAAUGGUAGGAGUUGGAAAAUAGCAGUGUGUCUUUUUUUUUUUUUUUUUUUUUGAGGACAAGACUGAUCAUGUUUUACCCAGAAUUUCUCAUAAAUUUGACAAACUUUUCA